AAAGCCAAAAGGAUAAUACAAAAAUAAAUUUCCAACAUGCAUCCAAUUGUAAUCAGAUAUUCUGCUGGCAACUUUGAAUUUUGACAAUUUACUCCAUUGACAGACGGUUUACAAGUUUGAAAACGCUAACGAAAAAACAAAUUCAAACUACAACGGCAAAACAACAAUGAACGAAAUUAUUGGAUAACUGCUUGUUUGAAAUUACGUGUUAAAUUUAUUUCUUUCAAUUUUUAUUAUAAAAUCGGCGGUAAUAUACUUUUAAGUGACGGAAUAGUGUGGAAACAUGUUAGAGAAGUGGAAGAAAAUUUUAACGAACUGGAUAAAUUGUUAUUUUAAUGAGGGAGACAAAAAGGAGUUGCCUGUUAGUUUAGAAACUUUGAUUGACAUAAUAUCUCAUCUGAGAGACAAUUUUAAUCUCGACGAGUCCAAAUCAUCUUUAUUAGAGGCGCACACAGUGCAUGAAUUUAUUCUUGAGAAAUAUCCUGAUUUUAAAUUUGAAAAUGGAACAUCCAAGCCGCAGAGUGAGACAGAGAUGCACAUAGCUGCGUCUCUUUUACUCUAUUUUGUGUGUGUGAACUCUAAAGAUGUGGAUAUCAAAAAUGCUAUGUGCAAGAAUCUUGGUGUGGACGAUCAGGAGAUCAUAUUGAAAUUCAGUAAAUGUUUGAUGUCAUGUUCUAGAAUAACAUGUGAGGAAGUUUUGGCAGCCAUUAAAGAUGCUUGUGGGCAAGAUGUGGUUCGUACCAGUCUGGAACCAUUUACAGUAUCGGAAACACCUCCAGCCUUGCGCUCACUUCAUAAUGAAGUUCGACGAUUACAAGCUGCCCUGGAAGCAGAGCGAUUCGAUCGGAACUAUCUUCAAGAUGAGCUUAGCAGGACUAACUUAAAGCUUGAAAAGCUAGUCAAAGAUAAAGAACAAUACAAACUGGAAGUAUUAAACCUUAAAGCUAAAAUAUCACUAUGCUGCGGUGAAGAUAAGGAGGCGAAAGCUUCCGAACCUGCAGCUAAUAAUUCAAGUAAACUGUUGAAACAGUUGGAAGAAGCCGAGGAACGGCUUGUUAAUGUGCAAGAACAGCUUGAUGAUGCACAACAUGAGAGGGAUGUCUUUAAAAGCAAGCUGGAGGAAUCCAAACGUGAGUAUGAUAAAUUACUCGCACUAAGCCAACAAGAAACGAGUAGGGCGAAUCAACUAGCUGAAGAGUUAGAAACAGAACGUCACCACACGCAGUCCCUGCGCGAAUUAGUUUCGGAGUUGAGGCAGCACAAUCGCCUCAACGGACUUGAUACCAGUCAAUAUGAAUGUGAUGACCUUGAUGCUAGUAUACACUCACCACAACAAAAUUUAUCUAUUUGCAGUGAAGCAUGUGCAAAUGUUAUAGAAGUGCAGCUAAGUGAAGAACGAGCCAAGAUAGUAGUUUUAAAAGGACACAUUCAAGAAUUGCAGGAUCAAUUAAAUAACUUAAACAAAAAAUAUGAAGACGAAAAGCAAACAUUUAUUAAUACCACAGCAGUAAAGGAAAAGGAAAUAAUCAGUUUGAAGCAUAAGAUCAAUGAAGAAACGGAAGAAAAAAAUAACAUCAAAAUACAACUACAUGAUGAAUUGGAUAGAUUUAAGAGUGAAAUCAAUGAACUGGAACGAAAAUUGAAAGACACAAAUGAGAAUUCUCAAAGAGUCAUUGAAUCUAAGAUGCAAGAAAUUCAAACACUCCAAGAAGAAAAAAUGUCACUUCUUCAAAGCCUAUCCAAUGAAACAACUAAAUUGGAAAAUGUUAUAAGGAAUCUCCAAAUUGAUAUAGAGAAUGAGAAAGCUUCUAAAAGUAAGAUGAGAGAAGAUUAUGACAACCAUAUUAUGAAACUAAAUGAAAAAGUAUUAAAUAGAAGUAAUGAAUUAUGUGAACUACAAAAUAAAAUAGAAGACAAUGGGGAAAGGAUUGACCAGCUUCAAAUUCAAUUAAAAAAAGAGAAGGACUUAAAAGAUGAGAUGUCUAAUAAACAUAAUAAUGAUAUUGUGAACUUGAAUGCUAUAAAAUCAGCGAUUGAAAAUGAAUUGAAACGAAAAUCUGAAGAACUUUUAGAUGUACAAAUGGAAUUAAAACAGCAAAUAGAUAUAAAUACAACUCUCAAAAAGGAAUUGGAUCACAUGAAAAAUUGUUACACUAAAUCAAAAGAAGAGAUGAAACUUCUAGAAGAGAACAAAGAAAGACUUUUCAAUGAUAUAAAAGGUCGCGACAAAAAGAUUGAAAUAUUGCAGAAGGACCUGGAAAAUUUGAAGAAUGAAUCCCAAGCCACUAUUUUUACAUUAAAAAGUCAAUUACAAGAUGAAAUUCAAUACAAACUAGGUUUACAAAAGAACAUAUCUACCUACGAAAAAGCGAUUUCAGAUAAAGAUAAAACAAUUGUAGGAAUAGAAAAAGAACUAGCUACAAUUAAAGAACAAACUGAGAAGGAUAUUAAAACUAUGAAUGAUCAUAUUUUAGAAAAGAAGAAACUACAUGAAUGCCAACUUGAAAUCAUAACAAAAGAGAGAGAUGCGUUGCAGGAAAAUUUAAAAGCUAUAUCCAGUGAGAAAAAUAACUUAAUAGAAAGCAUGAAAGAAAAAUCAUUUACAAUCAAUUUACUUGAAGAAGAAGUAAAAAAAUUAUCUGGGAUUGUUGAUGAAAAUAAUAAGGCUAUACAAAUUCUUCAAGAUGAACUUCAAAAUAAGACCAUAAAGUAUGAUGAGUUACAAAAAGACUUUAAUUCCGAAACAUCGAAAUUAGCAGCAAAAUUGAAUGAGAUGGAAAAAUCACUGAAGGAAGUAAAAUCUAAAUCUCACAGUUGCGCCGAAAAUGAUGCAUUGACAAUUCAAAGAUUAAACAUGGAAAAAGAAAACUUAAAUAAAACUCUUCAAGCUGCACAAGAAAAAAUAACCAUGAUUGAAAAUGAAAAAGUUUUGCUAAUUAAUCAACUCGAAGAAGAAAUCUCGCAAAAAACUGUAUUUGAGAAGGAAUAUCUUAAUAAAUGCGCUACACUAAAUGAUAUAUCCACUCAACUUAAUGAUGAAAUUGUUAAAAGUAAAGCAGAAGUGUCAAGUCUAAAUGACAAAGUAAAUGAAUUGGAAAAAGAAAAGACACAAAUGAAUACUGAAAUUAACUUAUUAGAAUUGAAUUUAUCACAAACAAUACAUAAAUAUAAAGAUGUUAUAUUGAAUAAGGAUUCUGACAUUCAAGAGUUGACAUCCAAGCUUUCUGAUCUGGAAUCCACGAAGACAGAGUUAGAAAAUAAACUAAAGAAUGAAAAGAACAUACAGAUGCAGGCAAUAGAGGUUCUGCAGCGGGAAAAUAUUCAGUUACAAUAUACUUUAGAGGAAGAUAACAUAAACCAUGAAGAGAGUAUGAAAGAAAAGAAUAAUCUUUUAGAGAAAUUAGAACAAGAUCUUUGUAACCUUAAACAACAGAUGGAUAUAAUUAAACAUAACUAUGAUGAAGAUAAAAUUAAAUGGGAAAAUCUGGAACAAGUUAAGAAUGAAGAAAUAACUAGUCAAGAGAAAUUAAUAAAUGACUUAAAAACUAAAUUAAAUACACUAAAUAAAGACAUUUUUGAGAAAGAGAAAUUAAUUGAAGAUUUGACUGUGCAGAAUAAUACAUAUAUAGACACUAUAGCUGUGCUAAACAAAGAAAUAGGUGAAUUGAGAAAAGACUGUGCUACAAACGCGCAAGGGCACGCUACUGAAAAAGCAGUUCGUGAUACGCUUGAAUCAGAAAAGAAAAAUUUAGUUGAAGAAAAUCGCAUUUUACUUCAAAAGACAUUAGAUGACCAAACUGCCUAUCACGUUUUAGAGGCUGAAAGAAAUUCUUUACUAAACGAGAAAGCAAUUCUAGUUCAAGAACUUUUGGAAGAGAAAGGAAUGAGGAAAUUAGUGGAUGAAGAAAAGGAACAAGUUGUUAUUGAAAACAAGCAUAUGAUUGAACAAUUUAAUGAAACUAAAAAUGCUUUAAUAGAAGAAAAAGAAUGUUUAACCCAACAACUUGUAGAUGAAGGCUUGGCUAAAAAGGUGUUAGAACAAGAGAAAUGUGAUAUUGCUAACAUUAAGGCAGAAUUAGAUGAGAAGUUGGCUACAGAAAUAUUGAACAGGAUGCAACUUGAAAAGCAAAUCAACAAGCUAACUACAGAAAAUUCAAAUCUGUCAGAAGAGAUAUCCCAACUUAAGACAAUGGUCAAUGCAUUAGAAAAAGAAAAGAGUGAACUUUAUCAACAAGUUGAAAGCUUUAUAGUCGAAAAAGAAGAUUCACAUUCACAGCUAGAAAUAAUUAAAGAAAAAGUAAAUCGGCUAACCCAUAUAAACAACGAACUUAUAGGCAAUAAAAGUGAAAUGGCACAAGAAGAAAAAGUUUUGACGAAAACUGUUAAUGAACUUAAGAUAACAUUGAGUGAAGUUAAAAGCGAAAGGGAUUCUUUGGCUUAUAAAUUGCAAGAGUUGAACAAACAGCAUCAUACAGAAAUAUGUAACACGCAAGAGGAAAUGAAAAACAUAACAACAGAAUUCAACCAUUUAAAAUCUGAUUACAAGAAUUUGCAAGAAACAUACAAUGAAAUUGGAUUCGUUCUAAAUGACGCGCUAGAAAAUAUCAUCAAUAUGAUUGAAACAAAGAAAAUUAAUCAUGUUUUGGGAAAUAGAGUAUUUGUAAAAAAUAAUUCUUUAUCCAUGGAGAAUAUAAAUUAUGUCCUGGAUAUUGCUACAACGCUUAUCGAAGAAGUUACUUCCUUAAGGAACACUGAAGUGUCAUUAAAAGAGGAAUCUACUACAUUAAAAGUAGUAGAAGAAGAAAAGGACAAACAAAUUUCGACUCUAAAAGCGGACAUACAAAAUCUCUUGAAAACAAUCAAUGAAAACGAAACAAAGCUGUUAAAGCAAAACGAGACACACAAUGCGGUCCUAGAAUCAAAGACACAUGAAAUACUAAAACUGCAAAAUGAAAAUCAGUCCCUUCAUAAUGAAUUGAACACUGUCAGAGUACAAUUGGAUGAAAGAGUACAUUCCUUAAAGGACAAACUCAUUGAUAACGAAAUUAUAACUGAUAAAUUGAAAGAAACAUAUGAAUGCCAGAUAGAUAAUUUAAAUAUGAUGGUCACGAAACUAACGAAUUACUUAAAAGACAAAACUUUGGAAUUGGAAACUUUGAGAAACGAAAAAGAAAAAUUACAAGCGAACAUUGAUGAAAAUAAUGAAGUGAUCAAUUCCUUUGAGGAGGAAAUUAAGUCCCAAAAACAAAUCCAGGAAAAAUUAAUUAGUGAAUUUGAAUCUGAAAGAUUAGUUCUGAAGAAUAUGGUCACAGUAACAGAAUCAGUAAUGGAAGAUCAAAAAGAUAGUUUGAAUAAAGUAAUUAAUGUUCAUUUAAAAACUAUUGAUACUCUACAAGAAGAAAUAGCUGCCUUGAAGCAAUUAGUUGAAGUGGAAAAGACCAAUACUCAAAGUAAAAUUAAUGAAAAAGAAAGUACAUCAGAAGCUCUAUGUAAAGCUUAUAAUGACGUUAAAAAAGAUAAAGAAGCAUUGGAAAUUAAAUACGAAUCUGAAUUGAAACAACUAACUGUUGAAAAGAACAAUCUGUGUGAUGAUUUGGAAAGAUGUAAAAAAGAUGUUGUGUGCAAAGAUGAAGAAAAUAAUGAAUUGAAAAUUAAAUUGGACUCAGUUGAAAAGGAGAGCCAUAAGUUAAAGGAAGAGUUAAUUCAAAGAGAUGACAAAAUUGUAGAUCUAGAGCGAUUAAUGCAAGAAAAAGAAGAACAACUUAACGAAGUACUUAAUCAAGUAGCAGAUUUAAAACGUCAACAAUCUGCUUUAGAAAAAGAAAAAGAGGAGUUAUUGACGGAAAUUAACGAUCUUACCAAAAAUCUUGAAAGUAAUGUGGCUGUUGAAGAUAAAUUGCAUCAACUGGUCCAAGAAAAUGAACAUUUAAAGAACGGUUUGGAAGAAAAACAACAUGAAAUUACUGGCCUGGAAUCACGUCUACAAACCAUCCUCACAGAGAACAAACAAUUACAAGAAGCAUUUGAUACUGAAAAAAUAAAUAUUAUAAAUAAAUGUGCCCUUUUACAAGAGUAUCAGGAAAAGGCUGAACAAGAGCUGCUAAGUCGUGAGAAAGAGAUAGAGUCUUUAAAGGAAACUAUUGAAAAUGUGGCCUACAAAUACAAUGAAGAUAAGGAUGCUCUCAACAAACAAUUGGAAGACGAGAAAAUAGCAAAGAAGAGAUAUUUGGAACAAAUUAAAGAACUAAAUAUUGAUGUUUGUGAGUUAAGAAGACGAUUGGAUGACACUAAACACGACAUGGAGGUUGUGAAUGUACUCAGAAAGGAAAAUGAAGAGUUGUACAAAUUAGUUGGUCAAAGGGAAACAUUUGCAGUAACCAGCCAAGAGAAAUCGAAUCAGAAAUACUCAGAGCAAGUCGAAAAGGAACUGCGGCAACUCCACAAUCAGGUAGAUAGUAAUUCUACUGACACUCAUUCAUCCAUGGAGAGUUACCAAACUAUCGCUGACUUAGAAAAAAUCGUACAAGACAAAAACCGCACCAUUACUACAUUACAAAGUGACAUUACAUAUUUGAAAUCCCUUAUAGCUGAAUCAGAGAAUAAACUACUAGACGUCUCAAAAGAUCUCGAAAUGAGUAAAGAGAAUUGCUACCAACUGUCGAGCCAACUCAAGAAAAUAGUGCACCAAAAGAACGAAGAAAUUUCCGAACUCAAAAAGCAAGUGACUAAAAUGAGUGCAACAGAAAGUAGGGCGACGCAGAUUAUAAAGCUAUCCGCGAAAUACCAAGCUAUGAUCCUUAAGCGAGUGGCUGAGUUGAAAACAAAUACAAUUCUCAAAGAACUAACUAAUUUUGGUAAUUCGAACAACUGUGAUAAUGAACUACGACGAAAUUUGAACGCAGGAACAAUCACUAUGGAAGACCUUGAGAACUUUUUGGAAACCACAGACAGGCAUUUAAAAGGUUGCACUGAGAAGCAAAUCGCGCUUCAGAAGGAAAGGGAUAGAUUGUCCGAAGUGAGCAGGAUAAACGAAUCUGAAGUAAUUAACAUGCGAAAAUUCCUGACGGAGCUCUCCGUGUGCGUGAAGACAUUUAACUCGGUAAAGGACUUGUACAGCCAGAAAUUGAGUCGAGUUAUAUCGUUGCAAAGGACAGUUAGACGGGAAAUACUCAACUUGGACGGUCACAUAACUGACGCUACUAUGUGUAAACUAGAGAGAGGUUACGCCGCGGUGAUGCAAGAUCUGUCAGAGUGCGCCAUGAACAUGGAGCGAUGGGUCGAGAGGAGUAUCGGGAGGACGAUAUCUGCGGAGAAAAUAAAACAAGCGUUCACGAGUGAAUUGGACCGCGUUUCGCUAAAGUCGACCAGUUUCCAGAACACAAGUCUCGAAGUGCAAUUGGAGGAGAUGGAAAAUUCUUUCCAGAGGCUUCUGGAAGAAGUGUCCCGCGCUCAGAAAGGCGAAGGCGCGAGAGACGCGCAGGCCGUCACCGUGAUGGAGGUGCGCGCGGAAUACGAGGACAAGCUCAACCGGAUGAAGGCUAAAAUGAAACAACUAUAUCAAGAGCAGAUAUCGAUUUUCAAAGAGAAACAGAAAGAGGAGGUGGCCUCUCUAGAGAGGGAGUUAGAGGAGACUCGGAACAAACUGGAGGAGUCGAGUCGCGCGUAUGAGAAACACAUUCGGUCACUAACAACUGAAUUGUGGAAUGUUGGCGAGAAAUUCUUGAUGAAGAAGGAUGAAGCCGAAUGGUUGAGGAAGACGCAGCGUUCUGGAUCGCUCAUGUCCUUGCAACAUGUACAUUCGUCGGGUCUCAUCGCUCCGCAAGAGGAGCCGUCCAGACCAUCCGACACGCAUUCCCUGCGAUCCUUGCCAGUUAAUACAAAUAACAAUAAAGUGCACAUGUCGGACGAAGAAGGGGAGGUAUUCGACAACCGGUGGCUCCGGGAACUGGCCAGCACUCCCCGCCGGGAAAAGGGGAGGGAGAGUAUAAGAGAGAGCAUUAGGGAGGGGAGAGAGAGUAUGAGGGAGGGGAGGGAGGGGGGGCAGAGGCUCUCGGAGCUCAGGUGGCGAAACUCACUGUGCCCGCCGCAUCUCAAGAGCUCGUAUCCCGCGGAGACGCAGUUUGCGCAAACGUUACAUGAGGAGGAUAUUAAGUGUGUGGGCUCGAUGUCGAUGGGCGGGCGUGUGCGCAAGGAGGUCGGCAUCACGGCGUACAAGAAGCCGGGACCGCCCACACCCAGCAAACAGGCUGGCAGGCUAUCCGCUACGGAUUCCGAGUUACGCGAGUCACUGCGGGUAGAAGCGGAACCGGGAGUGUCGCGCAAGACUAGCACUCCGUCCCGGCUUCGCGCGCUUUUCCGCGGCAAUAAGAAUGAUACGACUGAAGGUACCCCACGAACCAGACGGCUCAGCAAUAUCUUCAGAAAAAAGUGAUAAAAUUUCCCGCCGAAUUGUGUAUUCCGAACUAUAAUAAUUGUUGAUAAUAAAUUUAUUAAUUUAUUCUUUU